UAUUCACUUACCGCGGCUUGUGCUCGCAGACCCGGAGAGCUGACAGAUAGAAGUGUAGAGCUUUGCAGUCGGCACAAAAAGGAAUUUGACUGCCAAAUCAAAUGCAGUUUAGACUGGAUAAAUAGAUAUUGGAUUUGGUUAAAGGUGUUUUAUCCGCGUAACUAUCUUUUGAACUCGGUGGGUGUAGGUCUGGAUGUCAGUGUCUCACUUGAGGUUCUCCCUGCGGGGCAACAUCCAUGCUCCCCUACCUUGGAAGCUGAUCGGCUCGGGCGGUGUCUUCCUGAGACAGGGGGCAACCCUGUAUCCUUUACUAACAACUUACUUAAUCUAUGCCGGUGUUCCUCUCUGACCCCUUUGCAUGUUUAAUUGUCUUUUUGGAAUUCCUGUCGCCCUGCGUGGCUCCGUCUGAGAGGUCAGCCACGCGGAACUCCCAAAACGUUGGUAUUCCUUGUUAGUCGGGGCGACUUCUGUUCUUCUCAGCUCUGGAGGCAAUUGCGAGAAAGAGGGAACUAUGUCCAGUAUUAAUACAAGAAACAGUCUUUUCGUCACUCUAAACCUCUGAACCCCUGUGCAGAUAAACUACAAUGGCUCAAACUUACAAAAACAUUGUAACCAGAUGAGAAGAUUGUUUUACAGAACCACAGACCAGCCUGCAGCUUUACAGCUAACCUCCUUUGGACCGGAUGUAAAAUACUACUCUGAUGCUACUUUACCGGAUCUUUGUAUAUGUACUGCAGAAGGUAGCAACGACUUUAACCGGAUAGCAGCUGCUUUAAUGUGCAAUAUGUCAAUGGCUUAAAAUGGAUUAUCCGAAAAAUCACUGACCAUUGAGCAAGUACUGAAAAUAUAUAUAUAUAUAAAAACACUUGUAUGCCUAACUGCCUUUGGCAGGCACUGAGAAAACACAUUCCACAAAGCUGCUUCUGGGUCAGAAAUGGCAUCCUUAUAUGAUGAUUUAAGAAGUUGCAUGGUGUGUUGAUGCUUCAACCAGCAUUUAUGCCAUCAUUGCCUUAAAGAAACUGUGUGAUAUUUAAAUGUUACAUGUGCUGUAAUGAUUGAUCUCAAUAGGAAUAUUAUACAUAUGGAAGAGUAUGUCAGUCUUAAGGGAGUCCUGUACAGUACCGAACAACAAAUUAAUCAGAGCUGCUCUAUAUAAUCUUCUUUAUGUGAGUCAUCUACUGCACUAUAACAACUAUUUAUGCAUACUUGCAUAAAGCACAACAACUGCCAGAUUAUUUGUGCUUGAAUAUUUAGCCAGUUUCAGAGAGAAACAAGCUGACUGGCAAAUUGACACCUGACUACCUACAGAUGGGAAUAGGGAGACAUUUGUCAAACCAAUUGAAUCAAAGGACAGGAUUUGUACUGCAAAACAUGCCACUGACCUGACAAGAGAACUAGAUUUGUACUUUAUAGAACACAUUCUAUGAUUGACAUUUGGAUGUGAGUUUAGGGAUCUGUGUCUGGCAUUAUCUACUUUCAAAUCCAAAAGAAGAGGGUGACCAAAGCAGCUGGUGGGAUUUAAAAUUGGUACUUAUACUCUGUUCUGCAUAACUGUAUAUUUUAGUCACUGUUUACUUAUUGUUGCCUUUUAAGGGAAAAUAUUGGGCCAGUUGAUCCUACUAAGGAUUGAAAAACAGUUUUUGUUUUGGAUGUGAGCUUUUAAAGUAAGUAAAAAAAAAAAAAAAAAAAACUGUGGUAUCAGAACUGCCAUACAGUAAAAAAUUGAAACAAGCUAACGUUGCUUUUUGAAGAGUGACUUGCGCCCAAUGUAGCCCCUGAGCAAACACCAUGUUGCGGCGGGGGCUGCUGGCUUGGGGGUUCCGAGUGGCCUUGCUACUGGUGCUGCUGUGCUGCUGCCUGUCGCUGAUCUACAUGCUGGCAUGCAGCCCGCGGGCAGACGGUGGUCAGGUCCCGCUCCCCCGGCCCAACAGCCCCACAGGCAAGGAGGGCUACCAGGCCCUGCUCCAGGAGCAUGAGGAGCAGCAUCGACACUAUAUCAGCAGCCUGAAGAAGCAGAUCUCCCAGCUGAAAGACGAGCUACAGGAGCGCAGCGAGCAACUCAAGACCGUGCAGGGCUCCCUGGAGCACGGAGGGGUGGGCUUUGGGAUGGGAGGUGUCGGUGUUGGGGGGUUAAUGGGAGGGGAUGGUGGGAUGAGCGAAAGGAGCCACACAGACCUCAUGGAGUUUUUGAGGUCCCAGCUGAGCCGAGCAGAGGUGCAUGCCGGCACUAAGAUACCCACAGAGUAUGCCGUGGUGCCCUUUGAGAGCUUCACUCUGCAGAAGGUGUACCAACUGGAGACGGGCCUCACCCGUCACCCUGAAGAGAAGCCUGUGCGCAAGGACAAGCGGGACGAGCUGAUUGAGGCACUCGAGACGGCGCUGGAGACACUCAACUCCCCUGAGGAGGAAGGGAACACCCACCACCGCAUGUAUGCAGCCUCUGACUUCAUUGAAGGAAUCUACCGCACAGAGAGGGACAAAGGGACUCUGUAUGAACUGACUUUCAAAGGUGACCGUAGUCAUGAAUUUAAACGGCUGGUGUUCUUCCGCCCGUUUGGUCCCAUUAUGAAGGUGAAGAAUGAAAGAGUCGACACCUCCAACAUGCACAUCAAUAUUAUUGUGCCCCUGGCUAAAAGGGCAGACAAAUUUCGACAGUUCAUGCACAAUUUCAGGGAAGUUUGUGUCCGACAGGAUGGGAGGAUCCACCUCACUGUGGUUUACUUUGGAAAAGACCAAGUGAGCGAGGUUAAAGCAAUAUUGGAAAAUACUUCAAAGGUGGUGAACUUCAAGAACUACACCUUCAUCCAGCUGAAUGAAGAGUUCUCGCGGGGGAAGGGGCUGGACGUGGGUGCCCGGGCCUGGAAAGGAAACAACGUUCUCCUCUUCUUCUGUGACGUGGAUAUCUACUUCACCUCAGAGUUUCUCAACUCCUGCAGACUAAACGCACAGCCAGGCAAAAAGGUUUUUUAUCCAGUCCUUUUCAGUCAGUACAAUCCUGGUUUAAUCUACGGCCAUCAUGAUGCAGUACCCCCAAUAGAACAACAAUUAGUCAUCAAAAAAGACACAGGAUUCUGGAGAGAUUUUGGAUUUGGAAUGACUUGUCAAUAUAGAUCUGAUUUCAUUAACAUAGGCGGCUUUGAUGUGGACAUCAAAGGCUGGGGAGGGGAGGACGUGCACCUCUACCGGAAGUACCUGCACAGUAACCUGGUGGUGGUGCGGACGCCGGUGCGAGGGCUCUUCCACCUGUGGCACGAGAAGCGCUGCGUGGACGAGCUGACGCCCGAGCAGUACAAGAUGUGCAUGCAGUCCAAGGCAAUGAACGAGGCCUCGCAUGGCCAGCUCGGCAUGCUGGUCUUCCGACACGAGAUCGAGGCCCACCUGCGCAAACAGAAGCACAAGACCAGCCUCAAGAAGACUUGAGGGCACAGCAAUACCGACAGAGUGGCAUAUGCAAGGUGGAGGCUUUCAAUGGACUCAAUAAAACAGAAUAACAAUGAUGCCAGGAUUGGGACAGGCCCCGUGCAGAAAAUAAAUGUGUGGCAUGAAUCGAAAAUGAAGCCAUGUUUUGCUUUGUGUCACCCCUUUCAAGUUUCUUCUUUCAUACAUGUAUGUUUUAUAUGAAACAUAUAUUACAUUAUAUGUGUGUACCAUAUCAUAAAUAUGCAUAUGAAAGGUUAGACUGAUUGCUGUAUAACUGUAUCUAUAUGAAGGAUCUGGUGGUAGCUUUGAUUUUUGUUAGAUUUGAAACAAUUUUGUUAUUUAUACAGACAUUUGAAAAAAAAUGUCUGUGUUAUUUAUGACAGUUGUGGGAUCAAGAAACUACAGCCUUUUAUAGCUGCAGUUGAAAGGGUAGGAAAGAAAUGGCCCAAUUCAUUUCAGUGAUAUUCCUGAACGCAUUGGCGUUGUUCUUGUUUGUUUACCGUAAUUGUAUACAGUAUAAUUAAAUAGCAAGAUCACUAUACGUAAGUGCACUUUCCUUGCUUGCUUGGUAAUGAGUAUUAAAUGACAAGCCUUUUUAUCACUAAGCAAUAUUUUUGGAAGCUUGUGUUGUAUUUAUUUAUUUUUUUGUUAAUUCUUUCAAAGACCAAAUAUGUAGCUUCUGAAAGAGGACACAACAGCUAGCAACAUCAGCACCAUCCAGUUCAAUCAACAAAAAUCUGAUUACUUUGGUGUGUGUAUUUUGUUUUCUAAGACUUCCCCUUUGUUGUUGUCAUGCAUAUGCUGGAUAUCUGUACAAUACACAACAAUGCAUUCUGGGUUAUCUAACUCAGGUUCCUUGAUAAUUCAAAAUAAAGAUGUUUAGAAUGA